GUUGUGAUGCUUUUCUUCACUCAGUGCUUUGGGGCUGUGUUAGAUCUUAUUCACCUGCGGUUCCAGCACUACAAGGCAAAGAGGGUUUUCUCAGCUGCCGGGCAACUUGUCUGCGUCGUCAACCCAACGCACAGCCUAAAGGUGACAACAAGCAAAUCUGCUCUCACACAGAGGGCAGGAGAAGACAGCAGCUUUCAUCCACUUCACCUGUCUAGCCAUCACUGUCACCAGGAUCACCACAAUCCAUUAACACAUCCUGCACACUGUCACCACUGCCAUCACCAUGAAGCAGUGCACGACCCUCAGCUGGUUCCCUGCAUGUGCCCGCUCUUCUCCUGCCCAUGGGAAGGGCACCUGGAGGUGGUGGUGUCCCACCUGAGGCAGACCCACCACAUCAACAUCCUUCAGGGGGCAGAGAUUGUCUUCCUGGCCACGGACAUGCACCUGCCUGCACCCACAGACUGGAUCAUCAUGCACUCUUGCCUUGGCCACCAGUUUUUGCUGGUCCUCAGGAAGCAGGAGAAGUAUGAAGGCCACCCCCAGUUCUUCGCCACGAUGAUGCUGAUUGGCACACCAAACCAAGCCGACAACUUCACCUACCGGCUUGAGCUCAACAGGAACCAGAGGCGCCUUAAAUGGGAGGCGACCCCGAGGUCAGUACUGGAGUGUGUUGACUCAGUCAUUUCGGACGGGGAUUGUCUUGUGCUGAACACUUCCCUGGCUCAGCUCUUUGCCGACAAUGGAAGCCUAGCAAUAGGAAUUGCAAUAACCACCAGCAAAGUUCACAAUGCUGAAGCUGAAGUGUGAAGGGGAAGAGGAAGAAGAGGAGGAGAAGGAACAGUUGUGCUCUAGCUGCCUUGUGAGAGCCAGAACUUGUGGACUUUUUG